AAUCUAACAAAUCACGUGACUUUUUGUGUCACAUGAUUUUUGUUGAACGUCUUUAAUUCUUUAUCAGUCAAGUGACUAUUCCUUAACUACUAUACAAAAUAUUCGUUAAAUAAUUGUGUAAUCUCUAAAUUAUAUUUUGCAUAUCGUGGUUAGAGAUAAUACAUUUGUUAGACUAUAUAUAUAAAACGUAUCUGCUGUUGAAUGACGUUAUUGUGAGAAGAAAUCAUGUCUCUGCUAAGAAAUUACAUAAUAUCGGUUUUUGUGCUUCUUGGACUUUUUUCGACCUCGCUAUCGCAUGUUGUACAAAGUAAAGCUCAGGCAAAUUGCGGCUAUGAGGUAAUUAUAGUUUAGUAAUAUUAAUUUAUGAAGAUUAUAUAUGAAAUGACACCGUGGGCUCGACAUCAAUCGAGUGUUUCAAGGCUACCCUGGCACCUGCUAGGCAUUGUGAUCAUUGUCAUUGUUAUUAGUAUUAGUAACAUAUAAUUAUACAGCUUGGGCUUGAUGGACUGUCACAUCUAUAUUAGUAAAUUGCAAGAAAUAAUUUUAAAAUAUUAAGGAAAAAAGGGGAACAAAAUAUCAGACAAAAGAAUAAACAUGUUGUUCUGGCUGAAAUAAACAAUUGACUGACAGCUUUCACCACAUGGUUGUUACUUUUUAUCUUUUUUCAGUCAUUACAUUAUAAUUAUAUGUUUGUUCAGUGAAGUAACAAACUCAAGGGAAAUAAAAAUGUAUUUUAGUAGAUAUAGUGAGUUUUAUGCUCAUGGGGAGUUGCUCAUCUCCCAUCAGGUGUCUCCUCAGGCGGCAUUUAGGGUAACGGCACCAGAUACGGCAUUAUAAGAAAAUAAAAUACCCAGGGCAGACCAAAGCCAACUAUCGGAAAGGAAAGUCUACAUGGCAAGAGCUAUGUCAGUGGAGCAUGUCUUAUAAACUGCACUACAGGAAAAUGAAUUACCAUCAAUAGCACAAUAUUUCAUAGAAGAAAGAAGCAAUGCUAAUAAUGUUGCUAAAGGAGACAAUAACAGCACAAAUAAUAUUUAAUGAAACAAGAAGGGUGGCCACCAGAAUGUGUAGAAAGAAAAAAAGGUGAUUGGGAAAGGUAUAAAACAUGAGAUAUUGAAGAGUUGGCAAAGAAAGAGAUGUGAAGGAAAUGUAUCUAGAGAUAAAGCUUGAAAAAAAAAGGCUUUCAAGCAUGAUCACACAUGUGAAAAUAAAAAUAGAUAUAAAACUGAUCACAGAGAGCAGUAGGGUACUAAAAAGAUAGACACAACUCUUUAAAGAAAUGUAAAUGACGCAUAUGGAGGAGCCAAUGAGGAUUAAGAACUACCACAAAAAAGGACCGAACCCAUUUGUCAGCCAACUAACACUGAAUAUUAGAUCUUAUCACUGUAGAAAUAAUACAACUAAGUGGAAAUGAACUGUAUAGGCUAAUACAUGAACUCGUAUCCAGAAUCUGGCUGGAGGAAGAAAGGCUAAAAGAAUGGGAUACUGUGCUCAUGAUGCCAAUACGCAAGAAAGGAUCUAAGGUGGAUUGCCUAAAUUAUAGAGGAAUCACCCUACUUAACGUAACUUAAACAUCCUGUCUAAAAUAAUAUCAAGAAAAAGUGAAAGGUAUAGUUAAAAUAUCCUAGGGAAUUAGCAAUUAACAACAGAUCAUAUCUUUACUAUCAAGAUAUGCUACAAAUACAGCAUAAACAUACACCAAAUAUAUGUGGACUUCAAAACUGCUUUUGAUAGCAUAGGCAGGAAUUAUCUAUAUGAUGCUCUACUGGAACUUUGAGUCCCUAAAAAAUUACCCGGCUCAUACAAUGACGAUGGCUAACUCUUAAAGUAGACUCAAAGUACAGGGAGAGUACUCCAGAAAAUUCUUGAUUAAUCAGGGCCUCGGACAAGGAGGUACACUGUCAUGUACCAGUAUCCCGUUCAACAUAAAUUUAGAAAAAGUUAUGAGAAGCAUACGGGAGAGCACCAGUGGAGCCACUACAAACUGCUUCCAGAGAAGCAUCACAGAACUACAAACAUCAGAACUUCAUAUAAUCAACCAUGGCAGUAUCUGGAGUAUGCGGAUGACCAAGCUCUACUGGGCAGAAACAGCAUUGAUAUAAUUAAAGCAUUCAAGGAACUUGAAGAUGCCUCAGUUAAAGCUGGUCUUGAGGUAUAUGAAAUUUAGACAAAUAAUGUGAUUAUGUCUCUAAACACAUACUGGUGACAACAUUAAAUUAGACAAAUCUUUGAGAGAGUGCAUACUUUUAAACAACUGGGAGCCACUGUAAAUUAGCACAAUGAAAUAAUUGACAGUCAACAAUUAUUUUUUCAGCCUACAAAAGUAAAUGGUAGCAAAUACCUCUCUCCCACAUUAAAAACAAAUGAGGUAUCAGUUAGGCCAAACAAUCCAUAUCUUAGCAUCAGCUUUUAGUUAGUGAAAUUAUCAUCUGCAGUAAUUGAAUUAUUUACAUUGUAAAAUAUAUAAUAAUAUUCAGUUUUUGAUGAAAGAUGAAAUCAUGACAAUAUUUUCAAAUUUUAUGAACAAAAAUUACAAAUCGCAGAAUUACCUCUUCAUAAAAGCAAUUCAUAUUCACUUUUCCCAUGGGAAUUAUAUGUUUACUGUUAAUGGCAUAAUUUUAUAAACAUGGGGCAGUCCAUAAAGUAUGUCAUGCUUUUUUUUUUACAAUGUUUACACACACACCCCCUCGUGUCACAAAUCUCAGUGCGCCCUUAAAGUAGGUCACACGUCUACACUAAAUAAUUGUUAGUGUGAUGUCAUUUAUUGAUGGCCUUCGUGACGAAAGUUCAUUGAGAUUUAAAAUUCCAUGUGGCAUUAUAAUUAAUAUACACUCUCAGAAUGCAUCCAAUCACAAUAGAAAUUAAAACAGCACCGUCAAUUUCAUGUAUGAUUUUUAAAAAAAUGGUCAAACUUUCUUAGACCCCCUCUUCUGCUCUGCAGCCUAACUAUGGACCGUCCCCAUGACAUAGCUUCAAUUUUCAUGCUAAAAGUUUAAUUACAGUCCUAUAUUUUCUAAAAAAUCAAAAUUACAUACUUGUUUGAAUGUGUCUGUUGUAAGUUGUAUGCUUGUAACACUGUAUCAAACCUUUGAAUAAAAGGCCAAAGUCAGGAUUACAUUCUAUUUAAUUUAGUAUUAAAUUAUAUUUUUAAAAUGUAUUUCAGAGCUGUAAUCAAGAAAAGCCGGGUAUGAUAAAUGUUCAUUUAGUCCCUCACACUCAUGAUGACGUAGGGUGGCUUGUCACUGUUGACCAGUAUUAUUACAAAGGUGAGCCUAGGAGUGAGGUUGGAAAAAUAAGAAUGGGAUUUAAAUUAAUUAUUUUUUUCAGCAUUGCAAUUUUCCACUAUUUAUAGAAUAGUAUGGAUUUGAUUAACUUUUUAAAUUAUCCAUAAUUUAUCUUUAUAAUACUAUAACAAUGGGUGAUAUACUGAAGCAUCUACAAGCAGUAUUUUUUCCCCUUGAACAAAAAAACAAUUGCUUACUUAUUCAUAUCUAUUCAUUAUUACCCCAAACAUAAAAAUUUCUGUAUGUUCAAUCACAAAAUAUUGCUUGCAUUGUGAGUUCUGAGGCCCAUUAUUAUGAAAAUAAUAGUUAUAUUCCAUAAAAAAAAUUAUGGAAUCGUCUGAAAAACAUUUUUAUUAAUCUGAAAAUUCAAUAAUGUUUAGAUAAUUUAUAUUUCAUAAGCUUGAGUAUAAAAAAUCUGAUUUCUCACAAAAACACCUCUGUGCAAUUUAUAAACAUAAAAUGAAUACCAAAUAGACAGAAGAGUUUCCUGUCCCAAUAUAUGUAUUCUUACCCAAUAUAUGGGAUAGGUGAAUAAUAUUGCCCUCAUCUUUAUAUUAAUCCAGUGACCUCGACUCAUAUACUCCCCCAGGAAAGAAUCUUUUGUAGUUUACUGCAUCUAAGUUUGCCUUUCUGGCUUCAGUACUUAACGCACUUCCAAGCAACAGAAUUUUAUAGUUACAGCCGUCAACCUAAGGAAAAGCUUGGCAAACACAUGCAAUUGCGUCCAAUCAAAGUGUUCGUGGACACUAAUAUAUUAAUUGUUAUCUAGAUAACUUUCAUUUAAAAAAUAUUUUUUUCAAAUUAGCAUUUGUGUUCCUUUAUAAUUAAUACAAUUGAACUGUUGUAAAAUAAAUAUAUUAAAAACAAACAAAGCCUCGUUUUUGAUAGCCAAAAAUUGUUUUAAGAAUUAAAGGGGAUUUAUGCAUAUUAUGAAAAUGAAAGGUGUUUUAAAAAUUGCCUCUCUUUAAAAAAACAAAAAUUUGUGUUCAAGAACUUUUUAUUUUUAUAAAAGGGGACCUAACUGCCUAUUCUUAAAAUUUAAUGUUCUUUCAAAGGUUGUUUUGCCAUACAUCCAUGCCUAGUGAAUUUUUAGUUGUGAUACUUAUAUACUCCUCUAAAUUCACCAUUUAUACAUAUUCUGCAGCCGUGCAAUUCAUCCUUGAUGGAGUCAUUCCUGAACUUGCUGCAGAUCCAAGCAAGCGGUUCAUUUAUGUGGAGAUAGCUUUCUUUUCAAGAUGGUUUAAUGAACAAGAUGAUGCCACUAGGCACUUGGUACAGAAACUUGUUGAUGAAGGUAUGUAAAUUAGGGCAAAGCUUUAGUAGGAGGCUGGGAUCAAAAUGUGCAUAGUACAGAAAUUUGUUGAUGAAGGUUUGUAAAUUAGGGCAAAGCUUUAGUAGGAGGCUGGGAUCAAAAUGUGCAUUAAAAAAAAAUUUAAUUAUAGAAAAAUUGGGAAUAGUUUGGUGUAAUUAUUUCAAAUUAAAUUCAAGAAUAGUAUUCUUAGAUGUAAACGUCAAAUAAAUACUGCCUAUUUAAAUCAAUGUCUGAUUUUCAAACCAUGUGUGGAGCAGAUAUUGUAAUGUUAACACUUAGAGGCAAGAGCUGAGUUAAAAAUAAGCUAACAUAACAAGGUCCCACUCAAGACUCUUUCAGGAAGUUAAUUUUGAUUUUUAGAGCAGUUUCUUUAUGUUUUCCAUUUUUUUUUUUUACAUUUGACUUAUUAUUUAUUAUUAAAAAUGCACUAACAUUUUUUUUUCAAUAUCGAACAAAAUGCUUAGGAUAUUUUUUCUUGUGUGAACAGGCAGGCUGGAGUUUAUCCUAGGUGGCUGGUGUAUGAACGAUGAGGCUACUCCACACUACACGGCCAUGCUUGACCAGCAUAAAAUUGGCUUUGAAUAUCUUCGUAACAAUUUUGGAGACUGUGCUCGUCCCAAGAUUGGUUGGCAGAUUGAUCCUUUUGGUCAUUCCAGAGAACAAGCAUCUAUGUUUGCACAGGUAUUAUAAUAACUAACUUAAAACUAUCUGCCAAGGUUUGUCUUAAUGGUAUUGUUUUCUUCUAGACUACUAAGCAUUUUGGUGUUCUCAGAGAGUAUGACACAUUUGCAUAACAUUAAGUCUGUCAUUUUUUUUUUUCUUUUUACCCAGAUGAGCAUCAUUUUUUCAUGCCCACACUUUUGUGUAAGCUGAACAGCACAGUAACUGAUAUAUUCCAUGCAAAAUUGCACUACCAGAUUCUAAUUGAUUCUGCCAUAUCGUUUUGAUACUGUUUUCUAAUCAUUGCGUCUUUGCUGCAUAUCAUUGUAAAUAAGUGUUCAUUUUUCUGAGGAAAUUAUUAUCUUAUUCCGUGGUUUGUAUUUGAUGAUUUAUUUUUUUCCUCUUUACAGUUUGGGUUUGAUGGAUUUUUCUUUGGUCGAUUGGAUUACCAAGAUAAGGACAAGAGACUGAAAGACAAGAACAUGGAAUUUCUGUGGCGAGGAAGUCCCAAUAAUUUAGGUAAAUCCAGCUGUAAUUGUAUAGACCUGAUUAAAUGAAAAAAUAAAUUAUUCAAGACAGAAUUGUUUAACAGCUACUUUAAAUAUUAAAAUAAUGUUAUUUAGACUGGAAACUCUCAUAUCAAUUUGUGGAUUUAAGUAAGAGAUGAAAAUGGAUGCUCAUAUGAGUGUCCAACUGCUAACAUUUACAUUGAUGAACAUUCUUUCAUGGGGCAAGUGGUAUGUGAAUUUAAUUAAGUAAAUGAAAUACGAUGACUGUCAGUUAAAUUAUCGAGUGCCUUAGAGUUAGAAGAAUGAUAAAUUAUUCAACCGUUAUUCUUAUUCAUGCAUGAUGAAGUUCUUUAAGUGAAAGGCCAACUCAAUUUGCUGGUAUUUGUUGGCCUAAUUUUUCAAUGAAUAUUUAAGAAACGUAACAAUGUAUUCCCUUUCUUGACAAUAAUCUCAUCAACAGGCACAGAUGGGACAAUAUUUACUGGGGUCUUGCCAAACGGUUACAAUCCUCCUGGCAAUUAUUGCUUUGAUAUCACAUGCCUUGAUUUUAACCCACUUAUUCAGGUAACCAAAUUAAAAUUAGUCACCCAAGAUGGAGGCAUGCUGCUGAGCACUUUGCUGUCUUUGUUCUUUUGUCAUUUCUUUGCUUGUUUUAUGCUUUCAACACACAUUUAUUUUUUUUACAAAUUUUUUAUUUAAAUUUGCACGCCUUAGUACCAAGAAAGCGGAUUCUUCUAGAGAUCCUUCUAUAGCAUGUUUAUUUAUAGCUCUGUUUAUUACAUUGUUGCUUUUCCUUACUACUAACAGCAUGCAAACACACCUGACUACUGACAGCAUGCAAAAACAUCUUACUACUGAAAGCAUGCAAAAACACCUUACUACUGACAGCAUGCAAAAACACCUUACUACUAACAGCAUUCUAGCACACACUCAAUUUAUUAAUUCUUUUGUUCUCAUCAUAUGCAGAUAAAAUUAUACAUUAGAAUGUUUCUAUCAAAUUAAGUCAAGCAAUGGUGUCAAGGCUAUAAGAAAGUCAAAUCAAAAGUUAAUUAUAUUAAUCAUCAGAUAGUGUUAGAUAACAUUUAAAGUUCUUUGAACUUAAGGCCUAAUUUAUUUUUCAAGCACCAUAGUUAUAUGCUGAUUACUACUAGUUAUAUAGCUCAUAGCUAUAUAUCUUCUAAUUGCAAGAACCAGUGCAACCUAUAUCAAAAUAUAUGGACCAGGAGUGGUAUCGGCACUCAAACUAAAAUAAAAAAUAUACAAGGCAGCUGGGCUCCCUACGCUUUUAUUGGCCUGUGAAACAUAAACAGUAUAUCAUGGCCAUGCAAGAAAGUGAAACCACUUUAAUAAAACAAGCCUAAAAUAAAAUCCCCUCCAGCUAAUGACAGGGUUCCAAAAACUUGAGGUAUUCGCUCACGCAGGUCUCCCCAGCAUCUUUACCAUUUUAAUGUAUUCCUGGCCCGGGACAUGCUGUGAGAAUGUCAGAUGAACGCCUGCCCAAAACAUUUUAUUUUGAGCUUGAGCAGGAUAGGCAGUGUGCUGGUGGGCAGAAGAAUAGUUUAAAGACAAGCCUCGCUGAAGUGUUGAUAGAAACCUAGACACAUGAAAAGAAUCGACAAAAUAUCGAGCAUCUUGGCGUCUCUCUUUACACAAAAGGCUCCAUACAACAUGAAUCCAACGGAGCAGCGGCUGCAGAGCACCAUGCAUGUGUCAAAAAGCCCCAGGUUAGCUCCGCCCCUGGAGAUGUUCCAUCAAUCCCUGCACUUACCGCACAAGAACAUUUUGUGCCAUCUGCGCGCCAACAACCCAAUUCAUAACUGGCACGAAUGCUAUGAUUAAAAUGCUCACGGUCAAUCACAACCGAUGAACUAUAUAUACAUGUAUAUAUCUGCAGGAAAGGGAAUCAUUAUCCUGAUGGUUUAAUAUAAGUCUGAUCAAAGACAGUUGUCCCCCUAAAAAAACUGAUGAAAGACAGGUGUCCCCCUAAAUAAAAGUGAUCAAAGACAGGUGUCCAACUAAAAAAGAAUGAUCAAAGACAGGUGUCCCUCUAAACCAUGACAAAGAAGUUUAAUGUUGGAGUUCAAAGCUUUUAAUACAAAUCUACAAUUUUCAUUUAUAUCUGUAUUUUCUAUUUAGACAGACUACUGGAUAACUGAGUUUCUACUCUAGGAUCUGCAUACAUUUUUCAGUUGAAUUCAUGAUUCAUUUUUAUUUUAUCUUCAGACUUUCCACAGUUUUUUCAGAUUUCUUAACCAUACUGUGCUAUCUUUUGUUUUGCACUCGCAGCUGGUGAAUGUUAUUCCUUUUACCAUUGUCUGUUUUCUGGUCAAGUACUUUUGUCUUACAUGUCUACAUCCUUUGGUCUCAAUCAUAGAUAACAUCACGCCACACUGAAAGGGUAACUUGUUAUUUUCACUGUAGAUAGUUAAUCUCUAUAGGUGAUCUUUGGAAUGUUGAUCUGCAUAUGGCCUGAUUGACUUUAGUAUCAUUUUAAAUAACGAAAACUCCAUCAAGACAACUUAUGGAAUUCUUCACUCAUAUUACAAAGAAAUCCAAAUCCUGUUAAAAAUAUAAGUCAUUAUUUUUUAAAUAUAAAUAACUUUAAGAUUUAUGCAUGAAGUCCCAUGCUUUCAGUCAUGUUUUAAGGGCUAAAUGUGAAAUUUAACCUUUAUUAAUCAGCUCUUUCAUCUCUCUGUUACUAAGAUGAUCUGAAUUUUACCCUGAAAGCUAUUGUGCAAUUGUUUGACUGCAAAAUUUAUUAAUGUUGAUUGAUUUUUUUGGUUCUAUUCAACAAGAGUUCUGUCAAUUCCAUAGUCUUUAUUUCAAGGUAAAAGAGGUCCAUGCACCAUUGAAUACAUUGUUUGAUUCACUAACUCACCAGUUUCUCAUGGCAUCAGGACGUUUGAACUAUUUUUGUUAACCCUUCCUUUUUUAAUUUUUUUUUUCACCCUAUAUAGGUCCCGAUGGGGAUAUCUUUACAGGUGCAUUAUAUAAUGGGUAUGGGCCUCCUGGAGGCUACUGCUUUGACAUUUCGUGUGAUCCCAAUAUGAUCAAGGUCAGCUAAGUAAAAUGUCCAUCUCCUGAAGGAAAUUCAUCCUUUUACCUGUUUUCCACAUACCAGUUCCAGGAAAUCAAUCACACCAGUUCCAGGAAAUCAAGCACACCAGUUCCCCAUUCCCUCAUCCACUUCUUCUCAGAGUGUUUUACUUUUUCCCGAGGUUGUAUUAUUUGAACCUAUCAUGCCCUAAAUCUCCAUAAAUCUGCAUUUAUUAUUAGGCUUGUGAAAUUAUGCUAUGGAAUUUGAUAUAUCCGUGACCAAGAAGUGAUUAGUACUUACUUGAAAAUUAUUUUUUGACACUUAAGUUGAAUCAGACAGUUUCUAACCAAUCCUGUUAAUUUAAAGAUGAGUUUACAGUGUAUUUGACAUACUCAUUUCUUUUCACAAAUGUGCUUGACAUUCAUUAUUAUCACAUAAAUUAUAUCUCUUACCUCUAGCAAUGUUUGUGCUGUUCCAUAGCCUUAGUUGCAAGAAAAAAUGCAUUUAUUAUUUUAUUUAGCAGCUUUCAUCUGCUUUGCUUGGUAAUCUCAUUAUCCAUUAAAAAAUCGUCUAAAAUUAACAGCAAAUUAAAUGUCUUAAAAAUAUUCUUCAAAUAAUUUGUCAUAAAAUAAUAAUAAAAGUAAUGUGAUGCAAUUAAUUUUCAAAAAUGUAUGAAAUAACAUCAAUGCAGACUGGCUUGUAAAAUUUACAUGCUAAUCUUAUGACUAUUACUAGAGUCAGUGAUAUUGACUGUAAAUUUGAUAGAUGUAUUCAUGUAUAGUGUCUUAUAUGAGAGAUGAACAUUUGCUUACAGUAAAAUUUAUUUCCCGCUUCGUUUUUUCCAUUCCAUUCUGGUGCCAUGUUAGUGCCUUUUCCUUGUUAACCUGAAAAUGUAAAAAGUGUCGAUUUAAAAACAAAAUAACUCCUGUUUGAUUUUAAUUAAAUUCAAUUCUAGCUAAUUUAUACACUUUUUCUUGAUAAAAUUAAGCAGUUAAUAUGGUGAUCAAAUGAAUAAGAACCCUGACCUGACAGCUUACAAUUUGUUUUAAAAUUUGAUUUGGUAUUUACAGGAUGAUCCUCGUCUACAUGACUACAAUGUGGAACAGAUGGUCGAUGGAUUCAUCAACACUGCUCAUGAUCAGGUAAGAAAUCGACUCAGUAAUUUUGUAUUUAUUUACAUCUUGACUCAGUAUUUGUUGUAGAAAUGAUGGUGCUUGUUGAAAAAACAGCUUUAGUCAGCUUUCUCCUGAAAAUAAUUAACAUUUUUACAUAAAUUUGAUUUCAAAUAAUUUUGAUGUUAUCAUAGUAUACUUAAAAUACAUUAUCAAUUACCCACUUUAUUUAAAAAAAAUUAAUUUGAUAGCUAGAUCUAUGCGUUUGUUAGGAAUAUGUCUAAUAAAGGAAAGUGCUUCCAAUAGAUGAUUUUGAAUUGUUAAACACCACCAAUAUUUGCCCCCCCCCCCAACCCCAUCCCUCCAAUUCAUCAGAGCACAAUACUACAUCACAUAACAUACCUUAAACCAAAGCUUUUAAGAUUUUAAAACAUAAACAUAUCUCACCAAGUACAGUUUUUGUUUGAAUAUAUCUGAAGUUAACCAUUGUGGCAAAAAAUUUCUUUACAGACAUUAGAUGGUAGAUCUUUUGGCCAAGGAGUAUAUGGGGCAACACUAGCUAAGAUGGUGAUGGGCUGGGGGUAAGGACUGUAGAAAGAGCCCCCAACUUUGGAACUAAGUCACCUAGUUAGACAAUAUUAAUUGAUUUAUUUUGCAGGGAAAACAAAUUUCACAUAAUUAUGAUAAUAUUAAACUAUCAUUACCAUGAAAGAGGAGAUUGUGAUUAUCAUGCACUUUUGCAGGCUAGGGCCUUCAGAACCAACCAUUUAAUCAUGACCAUGGGUUCAGAUUUCAACUAUGUCCAGGCACACAUGUUUUUCAAAGAGAUGGACAAACUCAUUACCUAUGUUAAUGCCAGGGUGAGUGGCCUGUCUCAAUUCAUUUAUUAUAACUAUUUUAUAUUCAGCAUGGCAGAACGGUUUUAAUAUCUAUCAUUUGUUGAUUUUAAAUCUAUAACUUAAACUAAAAGAUCUUGAAAAAAAUAUAUCUUCAGCUAAAUGAUGUUAUCAUUAUAUAUUUUUGCCUUGCUUAUCUCCCCACACUUGUUGGUGAAUUCAUGUUUUUUUCAAUCCAUCUCUUUUGCCAAUAUUUUUAUUUUCUUUGAUGCAAAAUUUAUUUCCCACUCCUGAAUUUUAUCCAAUGUCAAGAUCAGUCAGUUGUAAAUUAAUGUUAAUUACAAACAGCAUGGUUUAAAAAAAAAUAAUAAUAAAUUAUCUCCUUUUGAAAUAUAAAACUGAUCGGUUCUGUUAUUGUUUCACUCAACAGCAAGCUGUUGGUAGCAACAUCAAUGUACUCUACUCCACACCAUCAUGCUACCUGAAACAGUUGAACAAUGAUAAUCUCACCUGGACCACUAAGGAUGAUGACUUUUUCCCAUACGCUGACAGAGAGCAUGGUUUCUGGACCGGGUACUUCACAAGCCGUGCCGCACUUAAACGUUACGUUCGGGUGGUCAACAGUUUCUUCCAGGUAAACUGCGAACAUAUUUCUUUCUUUCUAGCAGGUUUCUAAGCAGGGAUCCUAAACAUUUGAAGGUUUUUUAUUUCUUUUAAAUCUGUUGGAUUUUCAUAUCUUUGUUUUUAUGUAUGUCGAGAUAGCCUAGGCCUGCUGAUAUUUAAUCCUAUUAACUAUUACAGAAAUUGGUGGUCGAAGUCUAUUUUACUCAUGAAUAACUGGCUUACUGGGCUAACGAGUCCAUUCUGUUCAGAAUCCCAGGGAAAAUAAGACUUAUAUAUUCUCAUUAAAGAUAUGGUGGAUUCAGAAUGACAGCAUGGAUUGCACCUUUUUUAAAUAUUUAUUUUGUUAUAAAUGCAAUGGUGAUUUGUAUCUGCAGAUUAAAUUACUGGAGGGGGGGGGGGGGUUCUCACAUUUUUGGAAUGUUGUACAACUCAAAUGUUCAUCUUAAAAUUCACUGUCAGCAUAUUUUGUUAUUCAGACUUGGGAUGGAAUGUAAAGCUUUAUAAAUUUGUAUUUUUUUUCUGAUUUUUUCAACUGACUUUAGUGAUUUUAACAUUUUCCUCUUAGUCUGUGAAGCAGAUUGCAUCCCUUGCGAAACUGGACAACAGCUACAACAGUGGUGUCCAGCUCCAACAUUUGGGUGAGUCACUCAAGAUAUUUCUUUUGGAUACUGUGACUUGUUAGAGCCAUAGUAAGUAGAGGAUAAAUUCCUACUGGUCUUAGAAACUGAAUGUUGUUGGUCACAGACAGUUUUGUGGCUUCCUUUUUUUUUUUGGUCUCUAAAUUAAGGAAAUGUUUUUAAGGAAUGUGGAAACUAAGGUUCUCCAUCUUUUAGAUAUGUUUCAUUGGAAUCAAGCAAGAGAAGUUAUUUCCAAUAAAUGAACUGAUUCUCUGAGAAGAUCGGUUAAUCAGAGCCAAACGCUCACUGAACACUGAUUUUACCAGUGACAAUCCCAUAAAUAAUUACACCUGAAACAAUAGCAAUUGGUUCACUGGGCCUCGGUGUAACACAGUGCAGUAUAAACAAUCUUUCUUCCCACGCACAAUAAUUGCUUGGAACCACCUGGACGAUGCCGCUGUGGACUUGACAUCGGUCAAAAGCUUCAAGGCUGCCCUGGCAUCUGCGGGGAGUUGUUGGAAUAGCAACAUCGCUUCCCCAACGGUUGCACAGAUGCCAGUAUAUGGAUGCAGCAACGAACAGAAGAUCGUGGCCACAUGAGUGAAAAAAAAUUGAACUGUUCAGCUGUCUUGUAAAAAAUCCAUAAUUAUCACCUAUAUGAUAUCAUGGGUGUUCAUUAGUAAUUUUUAAAGGGUGGAUGCCACAUGUACACAAAUGAUGGGCAGUUGUACACACUUGAAGUUAAAAAUGAAAACACAUACUAUCCUGAAGUUGUUGCUCAAACUGACUCCACCUUGAUUCAUUUCAUUACACCUUUAAAUCACUUUUUUUUUUUUUUUUCUUUGUUUCUUCACACAGCCGAAGUGUUGGGUGUGGCUCAACAUCAUGAUGCUGUCAGGUAAUAGUUUAUUCAAAUAAAAUAUUUAUUUUCAGUUUUCUUUUUUCUUGAUCAGCACCAUAUAGAAAGUGCAUUUUCUUUGAUCAAAUAAAUUGAUAUUAUUUUCUCAUAUUUUCAAUGUAACUAGUUUAGAAACUAAAUGUCAAAACAGUUUUAUUAUACGGAGCAGAAACUUGGAGAACAACAGCGAGCAUUACGCAGAAAGUACAGACCUUCAUAAAUACAUGCCUAGAAAGAUCCUGAACAUCAAAUGGCCAAAUACCAUCACUAACAAAGAUCUACUAGAAAGGACUUACCAGGUGCCUAUUGAUGAAGACAUCAUAAAGAAAAGAUGGAGCAGGAUGGGGCAUAUUCGCCGAAAACCCCCAUAUAUCAUCACCAGUCACCAGACAAUGGCUAACAUGGAAUCAGCAGGGAAAAAGAAAGAGAGCAAGGCCAAAGAAUACAUGGAGAUACGAGCUAGAGGCAGACACACAAAAUAUGGGAUGCACCUGGAAACAAUUGGAAAGGAAAGCACUGGACCAUGAUGAAUGGAAAAUUCUUGUGGAUGGCCUAUGCUCCAGACGGGCAUAAGAAGAAGUUAAGAAACUAACACCAAUAAAGAAUUACAUCCAUCAGUUUAUAUGUUUGACCACUGUCAAGGUGAUGGAAUCAGCGAUUCUGUGUGUAUUAUGAUUUGUGACUAAUAGGGGUAAUGUUAACGAGUGUCAACUGUUUUCAAGUCAUGGAGGGAUGCGUAAAUUUUGGAUGACAAAAGGACAGACAACGAUUUGAGCGGGAGAGUGAGUGUGUGCGAUAGAGCGAGCGACAGAGGGACUAUUAUUUUAGAUAGAUUCGCUGUGAAAUGUUCGGGCUGAGGAGAAUAUUGUUAUGCAUAUGGAUUCAACCUCAAGAUGAACCAGAUUGAUAUUUUAGUGCUGUCAAAAUAAAACACAUCAUGUACCAUGAGCCUUUAGUGUUUGAAUCAAGCUAGUCCGUAUGACCAAGGAGUACAUACAAUGGAAAUAGUCAACAGCAUCAUAAGAUAUUUAGACACAAUAUAUUUGACAUAUUUGUAUGUAUUAUUUCCAUAGUUUGAAUGAGUGCUUAAUUCAAUAAGGAUAACUUUUAUUGAUUAUCCUCUCCUUAUCUUUAUAUAAAUCAUUUAUUGCUUGUCAACUUUUAAGUGGAACUGAGAAGCAAGCCGUGGCAUUCGAUUACGCUGAGCGCUUGGCUGAUGGUGUCAAUGGUGCACAGGUAAAUCGCUAGCUUUUUCCUUUUAAAAUAAUUUGUUCGGUUUCUUGUUAAGCUUUAAAAUAUCAAAUUUAUACUUAAUCAAUAAUAAGUGCAUGGAAAUAUAAUGCUGGCCCAUAUAAUGUAAAAAAAGACAGUUUUAUAACUUGCAUCAGAAAAGGUAAUUUACAUUUAUUUCAAUUAAUUGUCAAAUUUUACACAGAAUGUAGUGCAAGAUGCGUACACUAUCUGGAUGUCGAGUGGCAGUGAGAGCGCACCCCAGCAAGUGUUCUGCCAGUCUCUGAACAUCAGCAUUUGCAAUGUGUCUCAGAAUUCCAACAAUGUAAGCUUAAACCUAAUUCACGGUGCUGCAUUUAAAACUUAAGUUCAACUAUUUCUUACACUGAGUGCUACAUUUUACACUGAUGAUUUUAAUAUAUGACUGGUAACAUAACUGAUUUCUUAAAAUAGUGCGUUAGCUGCUCUUAAGUAGAAGAAGAAAUAAUAACUUGGCCCAUAACUUAAAAUACUAUCACGUAGUAAUAAAUUUUAGUUGAUGACUUGAAGGAUUUUUCUUAUGUAGAAACAAGGCUCUAAUUUAUAAAAGUUUACCAUGUCAAUCUCAAGGAAACAAAAAAACUUAACACUAGAUGAACUAUUUAUAUGAAAACCCUGUCAUUUCAUUAUAACUCUCAUUACUGGACUUUUAAUUAUUAAACAUAUUAAAAUAUCUCUAGUAUUUGAUGAAUUCAGGAAAAACAUUUAAAAAAUGUGAACAAUAACAUAAAAAUAUGUAAAAGAAUAAUGUAAAAAGAAAUUAAUGUCCUCCAUGUGUAUUUUUUACCUGGCUCAGUUUCAAGUGACAUUCUACAACCCACUUGUUCACCCAGUCUCCUACACUGCAAGACUGCCAGUGCCUGGAACUCGAUAUGUAGUGUACAAGGAAGAUGGUGCUACAACAGUUACAAGUGAUGUAAGUGAGGGCCAGUUGUUGGAUUAAUUAUUUCCAUGUGAAAUUACCUGUAGAUAAUUUUUUUGAGUCUUGUAAGUAAAAAUGACUUUGGUGGUAGGCAAGUGUAAGCUCCCUUAGCCUUGUUUAAAUGAAUAUGUAAGCAUAUGUAAGCUCCUUUGCCAUGUUUAAAUCAAUGCAUAAUGUCAGAUUUAAUUAAGAAAUAGUGCCAUGUAAGUGAGUGAACUAGUUCCAUAUAAGUGAGUGAACUAGUGCCAUAUAAGUGAGUGAACUUAUGCCUUAUACAUGAGCUCUGAAGGUUUGCAAAUUUAAUUAUGAAUUUUAAAGUUGCACAAAUGUUUCCUCAUUCCAGGUCCUGCCAAUUCCAUCCAGUGCAUUGGACUUAAAGUCGCAUAAGACGGGAGCUACCGUUAAUCAGUUGGUGUUUCUGGCUCAAGUUCCAGCGCUAGGUUAUGUGACCUACUUUGUCAAAACCCAGUCCAAAAACAGUGAGAGUAUUUCAGUUUAAGUGUAUGCUUGGCAUUAAAAUUUGAUGUAGCUGACGUUGGGAGGGCCUCAAAGAUUUUAAUAAUUAUUUUACAAUUUGGUCUUAACUGUUUGUGGCCAGAACAAAAUAACUGCCAUAUUACAUUUAAUUUCAAACAAUUUUAUUAUUUUUUUAAUGGUAUAAAAUAAAAAUGGUUUAUUUUCACUCAAAGAAGAAAAACUCUAUUUACACAAAUAACAACUGUCUCAUCAGAGCCUUUAACAUUCAAGACUGAGAUGAAUACUGAACCUGUGGCAGAGCCUAAUGACAAUGUCAUCUCUGGCAAGGUAAUGAAUUUUUUAAAAUAAAUAAUAAUGAUUUAUAAUAUACUUUUUAAAAAUUAUUUUUAAGAUAAUCAACAUUUGUUGCAUUACAUUAAAAUUGAUAAAGGUUGCCUUCAUGAGAGAAUAUGUUUUAGUUGAACUGAGAUCUCAUCAUUUGCUUUAGUAUGUCAUCUCUUAGAACAGCGGUUCUCAACCUGUGGGUUGCGACCCCUUUGGGGGUCGAACGACUCUUUCACAAGGGUGGCCUAUUUCCAAUCUGAAAAAACAUAUACUCUACAGUUAUGAAGUAGCAAUGAAAAUAAGUUUGUGGUUUGGGGUUGACACAACAUGAGGUACUGUAUUAAAGGAUCGCGGCAUUAGGAAGGUUGAGAACCACUGUCCUAGAACAUUGCACAUUCUCUUUUUUAAUGCAAUCUGCAAUUUUUAUAGAGAAGUUUAAAAACAAAUUAUGUCAGGACAGUUAAUUGUUGUAAUAUUCCAACAACCGCUUUUGUUAAGUUAUAAAAGAUGUCAUACGUUUUAUAAAGAUCAAUUAAAUGUUUUUUGUUUAGACGAUGAAAUAGCUCAAAAAUAUUAAUUAAUAAAAUAGUAUUUUCCAUUUCCCGCCCAUCACCUUUCAAUAUCACAUGAAAGGUUAAAGAGCAUUUUAAAAAAGAAAUGGAAAUGUUAUCUAUAACUUAAAUUUUUCCUAUACAGUAUGUGCAAGUGACCUUUGACAGCUCAGGCAACCUGAAAUCCAUCACCAACCGGACCACUGGGGUCACUGUGCCCCUCCUGCAGAACAUCCUGUACUAUCAAGGUUACACUGGCAACAACAGCGGUGGGGUCAACCAGGCGUCGGGUGCCUACAUCUUCAGACCAACUUCAAAUACACCUUCCCAAGUUCCGCUGAAAACAUGGGGCGGCAUUGUCAGAGUGAGUUCACAUCUGAUACAGUUCAUGUGGGAAUUAUAAAAAAAUAAAUUGAGAGAAAAAUCAAAUGCAUUUUAGCUGAAUUUGACAUUUUUAAAUAGCUGUAGGCAGUCCGACAUUGAAUCCUUGUCUUGUGCAUUAUCCUGUAGCAGGUGCACUGUAUGAUAAUCUCUGUUGCCCAGGCAGGACCUGAGUUCCGGUGCACCUAGUUUUUGUCAUGUUAGAUUUUCAUUGUUGCUAUGUCAGGACAGUACUGUAAAAAGAUUUUUCUCUUCAAAAUGUCAGGGUGCAGUUGUCCAGGAAGCUUAUCAACAAUUCUCUGACUGGGUUAGUCAGGUGAUUCGUGUGUACCAGGAUAAGCCCUAUGUGGAGGUGGAAUGGACAGUUGGGCCCAUUCCUUUAAGGUAGGGAUUUUUCUUCUUCCAAUGUUGUACAAUAACUAUGCAACAAUACACCAGGUUUUUGUUAUUGAUUAGUUUCCCUUGGGUUUAUCAGUAUUAUUAUGAUAUUACUAUGUGUUUGGAUCUGUUGCUCAUUAUUUUCUUUGUCAUUUGUGUUAUUAGUGUUAACCUUACUUUUAUUAUAAUAACUGUUGCAUUGUAACCCUGAAGCUGAUUUUAUUUUUUACCUAACAUUUUACACAAACAUAUUACGCCUUUAAGAAAAGAAAUAUAAGCAAAACCGUUGGUACCUUUAUUCUCUCAAAAUGAUUUAUUCAUGUCACUAAUUCUUUUUCAGCUGCAAAGGCUUGAAUUAAUUUUAUUGCCUUAGUUCAAAAAAUUUAUUUUUUAAAGCCAUGAAUUAUGUCCCUUUGUCUACUAUAUUUUGACAGCGAUAACAUUGGAAAAGAAGUUGUCCUUCGCUACUCACUGCCAGGCUGGGGGAAUGCAGGUGUAUUUUACACAGAUGCCAAUGGUAGAGAGGUUCUGGAGAGGAAGUAAGAUUUUGUUUUUCAGUUGUCCUUGGCUUCUUAUGAUUAUACCCAGUUGUUUUUUCCCUUAUUAUUUCUUUUCAAACUGUAGCUAAGGUUUGCCUUAAUUGUUGAGUUUUUAUUGUAAAAUGCUGAUAAAAUAUUUACAAUUAAAAUGAAUUUCUUGAGCAUUUGCAGCCAGGCAAAAUACAAUUGAGUCAACAUUUAGGUAAUACCUAGAUCUUAAACCAGGCGCACUACAGGUUUAACCAACAAGUUGUGCAGAGUUUUGAUAAAUCUUUCUAUUCUUCUCCAGACUUAACUACAGGCCAACAUGGGACUUGAAUCAAACUGAACCAGUGGCUGGAAACUACUUCCCUGUGAAUGCCUUUAUGGCAAUCAAGGUUGUUUAUUCUUCUUUAAAUUAGCUUGCAUUUUUCAGAGUAAUGAUAUUUCUUUGCAAACAUUAAAGCCCUAUUGUUGCUAAAGUAGAUUUUAAAUUGAAAUUGAAGUUUGUUACAGUAGAUUUUGUAAUGAAAUUGAAGUUGUUACAGCAGAUUUUGUAAUGACAUUGAAGUUGUUACAGUAGAUUUUGUAAUGAAAUUGAAGUUGUUACAAUAGAUUUGAUAAUGUAGUUGAAGUUGUUACAAUAGAUUUGGUAAUGGAGUUGAAGUUGUUACAAUAGAUUUGGUAAUGGAGUUGAAGUUGUUACAAUAGAUUUUGAAAUAAAAUUGAAGCAAAAUGGGUAGCAGUUUUUCUUACAUUCUAAUUUUCUAAUUUUGGAUUAUGACAAUGUUAUAUAUCAUGGAAUUUUCUUUCGAUAAAUUUUGUUUGCAGAGACAUUUAGAAACCCUAAUUUAUUCACACCUUUAUGCCCCAUCCUAAUCAUAUGAACAAAUGUUAUAUCUGUCCAAUUGUUUUUUUGUGUCUUUGCCUCAGAGUGGAGAUGGAAAAUAUCAGAUGACAGUUCUCACAGACAGGUCCCAAGGGGGUGUCAGCCUCAAUGAUGGAGAUUUGGAACUCAUGGUCAGUUUGUACAUAGUUCCCAUAUUGAUAGUGUUGUAGGAAUAGUCACACUAUUCUAUCAUUUGUUAGUAGUUAUUAUACCUGGUGUGGUGACAUGAUAAAACAGAGUGAUUAUUUCUAUGACUUGUACUAUUAUUUAUUCUGUAGACCAUUAUCGUAUUUUACGGACAAUAAGGCGCUCCCAACUAUAAGACGCACCUUAAUUUUUAAGCAAUUUUUUUAAAAAGUAACAAUGUUUUACCAUUUUUAAUAUUAGAUUAUGAUAGGCUAGACAGUUUUCUGGGUUUGUGAUGGCGGGGCGGGAGGGAGACAGUAUUAGCAAGCUAGUGAAACCCGGCAACUCAUGUUCGUCACACCUGUGCACUGCUGCUGCCAGUUGAAUCCAAUGUUGCCAGAUAGAGAUAGGUUUCCCGCAGCAUCGAAUGUAUGGCCAUUUUUAAGACUAGCAGGAAUUUUUAAUCAAACACUGGACAUUUAUGUUAAUUAUGAGUAUAAGACGCACCUGAAUUUUGGAGGCAAUUUUUCUAAGAAAAAAGUGCGUCUGAUAGUCCGUAAAAUACGGUAUGUAACUUUUUGCUGCUCUUCUUGUUUUGUUUAAGGGGAGCUGAGAAAUCGACAUAAAAAUAAAUUAUUGAGUAUUUCUGGGUUUUGGUAUAUUUGGUGUCUAAAACCUUUUUUGAAAAAUUGAAAUAGCUUUUUAAAAGUUAUUAAAAGAUUUUAGAAAAUAUUGUAAAUGUUAUUUGCUAAUCCUAUAAAUGGGUAUUAAGUCAGUUUUGAGCAAAUAUACAUUGUUUUUAUUGAUUCGUUUUAUGUAGUUAGAAUUGUCGAAACCACCUCAUAUUUGGUAUCAAUAGAAAGCUGGAUUUUUCAGGAUUUAGAUAAAUAUAGCCUCCCAUUACUACAAAAGUUAUCAAAAACUCAACUGAUGUUAUAUCAUGUUCAAAAGUUUUGUUUUCCUGACAUACGUAAGGGGCCUCUGCAUUUCUUAUGCAACAAUAGGGAACUUAAGAUUUUAGAUUUUUUACCCGCACCUCUCCUUAAGUAUUUUUUUUAAGCCUAAAAAUUUAAACAUAUUUUAAUGAAGCCAGUGCAGUUAUUCACUACUUAAUUAAAUUAGUUAUCUUUGAAGAUAUAAUAAAAGGAAUAGCUAUCAGCUAUUGGCACCACUGAUUACUGAAAUCUCCACAGGCUACAUUUUAAAAAUACAUUUCUCAGUUUAUUAAUUCUUUACUCUGUGACACAACAAAUAAUUUUGUUAAGAAUAAUUUUCAUUCACUUUUUUUAUGUUAAUAUUUUGAUCCACAUCUUUCUGUUUACAUCAGACUUCAUUCCUGCUUUCUUUUUCUUUGACUGUUUUUCACCAGGUUCACCGUCGUUUGCUGAAUGAUGACGGCAAAGGGGUGGGUGAAGCCCUCAAUGAACCAGGCACUGACGGGAAUGGCCUCAUUGUCAAAGGUGGGCAUCAGUUGAUGAAGGGGGUUUACCAUUAAUGAAUUUUAAAGAAAACUGAUAUCUGACAAUUUUAGGGACUACACUUUAGUCACCCAUUUUAAAAUACUUCACUGCCUUUUUUUUUUUUUUUUUUUUUACAGAAACCUGCAGCUGUUUUAAAAAAAAAACAAACAAAAAAAACAGCUACUAAACUCAUGUUCUAACUGAAUGCAUCCGACAUGUGCAACUCUACAAAUAAACAAUAUAAGUGUCAUUCAAUAAUGAUGGGCUAAUAAUAAUAAUAAUAAUAAUAAUAAUUCAAUGUUUGUUAUGAAUCAUCUCAGGUAUACACUACCUCCUUUUUGACACGGUUCAAAACUCAGCCAGCAUUUACAGACCUCUUGCCCAAGAGAUCUUCCUCCAGCCCCAAGUGACAUUUUCUGACCUGAAUGUUGACCCUGCCAGCUAUGUUCAGAAAUUCAGGACUAAGGUGUGUGGGGUUAUAUUUCUUAUUAAAAUUAUUGCAGAACUUCAAGGGGAAAGCUGUUUAUAUUAAACUAAAUAAUAUGUAAACAUGCCGUUGUGCUUUUUCCUUUCUGGUUCAAUUUUAUAUUCUGGUUUCUGUUCAAAGUGGUCUGGUCUGGCAAACAGCUUACCAAAGAAUGUCCAUUUGCUGACACUGGAUCAGUUCCGUCACAACGGACCAGUUCCCUCCCCUGCUGGGUCAGUUCCUUACCUCAUCAGAUUUGAACACUUUUAUGAAAAUGGAGAGGAUCCGGUUUUAUCAGCUCCAGUAACCUUUGACAUCCAAGUAUGUUACCUCUUGUUAUAAUUGGUGGGAUUUGUUAACCUCUAACUAUUAUUAACUAAGGUGUAACUUGUAUUUAUUUUAAUCUCUUUUUAUUUUAAGUUGAAGCUGUACAAUUUUAAAAUAAAAACUUUUUUCUAUUCUCUUGUCAGUUUCAUUACAAUAAACUUGGAUGAUUUAAAAUGUUCUCUAAAUCAAGUGUUAACUUUAGAGCCAGUAAUCUUUAUUUCUCUAUCUGUUGAAGGAUAUUUUCACCCCUUUCAAACUCACUGAUGUUUAUGAACUUGCCCUUGGUGCCAACAUUCCAAUCGAUCAAGUUCAGAGGCUUAAAUGGAAUACAGAAUCAUCAGAGACAAGUUAGUGAUUAAAUUACUUUGUUAUCGAUAAUAUUACAUUUCAAUUCUCUAAUUAAGAUUCUUCAUAAAAAUUUUUUUUAGAGCAAAUUCAGGUCUCCAAAUUGUAAUAUUAACCCUUUCAGUCGUGUUAGGGCCUAAUCCUGCUGUAAACAACAUGCCAUUUUCAACGUUGCCUAGUUAUUAAUUAAGGCGUUAAAAAGAGCCUAUUUAUAAACAGUUAGUGUUUGGUGGCUGUGUGCUUGAUUUUAUGUUGCUUUUAUAUUUUUUUUUAAAUAGUUCUUUUUAGAUUGAUUCAAACUGAAGUACAUGACUGUUAUUGUUGGUGGUCAUGAGUUUAAUGCAGAAUUAGAUGCAAAGUUAGAUGCAGAAUUAGAUGCAAAGUUAGAUGCAGAAUUAGAUGCAAAGUUAGAUGCAGAAUUAGAUGCAAAGUUAGAUGCAAAGUUAGAUGCAGAAUUAGAUGCAAAGUUAGAUGCAGAAUUAGAUGCAAAGUUAGAUGCAGAAGUAGAUGCAAAGUUAGAUGCAGAAUUAGAUGCAAAGUUAGAUGCAGAAUUAGAUGCAAAGUUAGAUGCAGAUGGAAAUAAGAGUCAUGUUGAUAUUGAAUUGUUGAUUUCCCAGAAGCGUCAGAAGAUGAACACAAUGAGGAUAGAUCUGACUGCUCUAACCCAUUGUGUUCAGCUGACAUGGAACAACUUUAGGUGUAACUGGUCCUAAUGUAGAUUUAUUUUAAGUUCAAUUUAAUCCUUUCUUUACAAGUAUCAGUAGCUCAUUUUAUGACUGGAUAAAAGACUGAUUUUAAAUAUAUAUUUAAAGUCAGCAACUUAUUAUCCAAAUAGAGCUAUUUCCCUUUUGGUGGUCGCUCCCAAGUUAUGUCAAGCUGUGACGUCACGCAUUUUAAAAAAAAUCUAAAAUUUUCUAAUAUUGAAAAAUCAUAAUUCAAAUAGUUUUAAAUUAAUUUGAGGUCAAAACUCUUAUUGAAAAAACGUAAAAAAUUGUGUGGAGUGAUAAAGAAUUUGUGACACUUUAUGACAAGGGAGAGAGAGGGGGGUUCUGUAAAUUUCAUUUUUUGUGUGACGUAAUUUGCGAAUGAUCCCUUGCUUGGUACUGAAGGUAAGGUAAUUCAAAAUGUGCCGUAACAUACUGAAAGGGUUAAUUAAAAAAAAAAUUUUUUUACCCAACAUGUAAAGUGAAUUUUUUUUUCAAAAGUUGAUCAAAGGAUCAAAGUUUCUCUUUCAGAAACUUUAACAAUUUAUAAAUAAUUGAUCAGAAGCUUAUUGUUUUCCUUCUUUGUUUUCUCUUUUGUUAUUAUCUGGAGAUGUUUGAUUUACACACUCUCCUCUAUUAUUCAAUAAUGUAAAAUUCUUGUUAAUUCCCCCUUUUCAAAUCAUCAAACUAAUAUUUCUCUGUUUAAAAUUUUACACCUUUUAAUAGUAAAAUUCCAUGAAAUUAAAACUUUUUUAUUUCCAGACAUUUGUUCAAUAAUUUCUUAAAAUCUCUUAAUGACCAGACAUUUGUUCAAUUAUUUAUUUAACAACUUACCCUGACUUGCAUUCUCUUUCUUUCUGCAGGUGCCACCCUACACAAACACCUUUCUGGUACAACAGUUACACUCAAGCCCAUGCAAAUAGUAACUCUUCAAGCUAACAUUUUUCUCUAAGAAUGAUGUUGUGGGGUUUCAGAAAGCUUUUUCUUGAAUAUAUUUGACAUCUGACAAUUGUGAUGUCUAAUUAAAACUUUUUUUUUCCAUUUAAUAUUUUUUAUUUGCCAAAAAAUAUUUUUCUAUUUUAGACGCUUAGUUAAACAUUAAAUUUUGAAUAAUCUAAAAAGGAUAUUUUUGAGGGUCUUAAGUUAUAAAUACAUUUUCUAGCCCAUGAGAUUGAAAUUGGCUACAUUGUACAUUAAUUCUAAUAUUCAAUAUUUUAGGCGUUCCUUAUUGCACAAUCUGGUAUUCUAGCUUUCCGUGAAUAUUGAUUUGCUUUAUGGAUCAAUCUAAUGGUUUGUACUAUAAAAUCAAACUCAGCAUAAAUUUGUGUGUUUAAUUUCAUUAUUCAUGUUUUCAAUACAUGUACUCUAAACAUGCAUUCCGAGUCUUUCAUGAGAAAACAUAUGUGAACUCUUAUACUCUAUUAUAUAUCAGCCAGAUUGUCUAGGAACUAGAGCUUUAUCUGACUUAGACUUUGGUUUAAGAGUAUAUUACUUCUAGAUGUGUUUUGUAAUUUUACACUUAUUCAAGUGGUAUUUUAAAACUGUCACAGAUUUAACUCUGAAAUAAUUGAAACUAUUCAUAAUUGUCUUAAUAUUUUCUAGAAAGAUACGAUUAAAUUUUAAAUUAAAAUAAAUUAAAUAAACUAAAUGUUUGGGACUGUUACACCAGAAUAUUUUCUAUUUUAAAUUUUAAAUGCUAAGUGUAUUGAUCAGAGGAACAAACUUCAUUCCUCUGCAGUAGUGUUGUGUUGAAUGCAUAAAGUAAGUGAUUUUUACUUUUUUGAGUAUUCCUUUCCUUAUUACAGAGCAGCUUAAUGUUUUCAUUUGAUUUACAUAUUUUGUUAUUCAUUAUACAGAGUAUGUAAAUGAAAUUCUUUUUCUAUUUUGGUUAAAAAAUUUUCCGAAUUAUUUUAAGUUCAGCGUUGACAUUUAACAGUUAUUUCCUGAUGUUAGAUAAUGUCUGGAUGGAUCCGGUAAAAUUGUUUUUGUAUUAUAACCAGCAGGCUGGGGCAGGCUUAAUUGAUUAAUGGGGAAUAGCUUAGACGUCAUUAUUUAUACAGUAAUUUUAUGUUUUCCCAAGCAAAUUGAGGAAUUUUAAAACUAUUUUUUUUAAAAACAUUUCACCAUAAAUAAACUUAAUUUUGUGAACACAUUUUAUCAAAGACAUCUAGAUUUUGUGUGUUGACUUUGUACAGAACUAUUCUAUUUAUUAAACAAAAUGGAAAUUGAGGGGUUAUAUUUUUAAAAUCAACUGCACUCUUCCUAAAACUGUGAGCCAACUUUACAGGAAGGUUUGGUCACAUGAUGUUGCAUACAAAAAAAUUAAACAUUUCAAAUUAAAAGCUCAA